ACUUCAUCAAACUUGGAAAAUAUUAAGGUGUUGUCUGCAAAUUGAAGGAGGGGAACUGAACAUUGUUCUUUCCUACCAUGAAACCUUCAUACAAACCGUUCAAGUGUAGAUUUGAGAUGAAACUACUAAGCACUUUGCUAACCAGAAGAAAAGAAAGAGGGAAAGGGGAUCCCCUUGCUUUAACCCUCUUGAGGUUUGAAUUCUUCCUCUGGGCCUCCCAUUGACGAAUUCUGAAUACUUAGGGUUUUUAACACAAUCCAUGAUCAAUCCAGCACACAAGCAGCAGAGACAGCGGAGUUUGAAGGCGUUUUCGGAGGCAGUGUCUGUUCCUAACAGAGAAAACUAGGGUUUUCACGACUAUGUCUUGCUUGGAUAUACAGCAAGUUCUCAAUGAUUACAAAACCAAAGACCCACUCACCAUCACUACUCUCAAGCUCAAUCAAAAGGCUCUUUCUGAUAUAAAUGGUUUGUCCCUUUUCAAAAACUUGGAGAAGCUUGAUUUGACAUUCAACAAUCUCACAUCGCUUCAGGGGUUGGAGUCAUGCACCAAUUUGAAGUGGCUCUCAGUUGUACAAAACAAACUUGAUAACUUAAAAGGAAUUGAAGGGCUUUCUAAACUUAAUGUAUUAAAUGCGGGAAAGAAUAAGCUUCGGUCAAUGGACGAAAUUAGACCCCUUGUUGGCUUUUGUGCUUUGAUUUUGAAUGACAAUGAGAUUGCUUCUAUUUGCAAGCUUGAUCAGAUGAAGAACCUGAAUACUCUGGUUCUUUCUAGAAAUCCAAUCCACAGUAUUGGAGAUUCUCUGUUGAAAGUGAAAUCAAUGAAAAAGCUAUCCCUUUCUAACUGCAAACAUCAAUCUAUUGAAUCCCUCAAGUUUUGUAUCGAACUUAAAGAGCUUAGACUUGCUCACAAUGAAAUCAGGAUGCUCCCCAAUGCUUUGGCUCAUAACAAGAAGUUGUUGAAUUUGGAUUUGGGAAAUAAUGUCAUCAUGAGAUGGUCAGAUUUAAAGGUAUUGAGUUCAUUAGGCUAUCUGAGGAAUCUUUAUCUUCGAGGGAAUCCUAUUGCUGAAAGUGCUAAGUUAGAUAAAAAGAUUUGUCGACUGGUUCCAGGCUUGCGUGUAUUGAGUGCGAGAUCAAUUGAUUAAUGCAUUCAGAAUGAGAAUGAUAAU